CUGCGAUCGCUGAUUGGUGGUUGGAAUCAAAACGGUGGCUCCGCCUAUCAGACGUUACGCAGGUCACACAAUACGGAAACAAGGGAUUAUCGUCCUCCGCUGGGUGUCCCGGAACGCUUGAAAUAAGGUCUCCCAUGUUAACCUCUCAGGCUGAGAGGAGAACGUUUGGCAGUUUCUCUGUGAUGAUGGAUAGUUAAUUAGGCCUGUCAGUACUCCAAUGGAAGCUGCAGUCACAGCUGCCCCUCCUCCCAACUCUUCCACCCAGCUUCCCCCGGUCCCCCUUCACCCAGCCAUCGCCCCCUCGGUCGAGCUUGGCUUCACUAUCCUCUACACUGUUCUGUAUGCUGGGCUGUUCCUGGUAGUGUACGCCCAGCUCUGGCUUCUCUACCUCUACAGACACAAAAGAUGGAGCUACCAGAGUGUCUUUCUGUUCCUCUGCCUGCUCUGGGCAGCCCUCCGCACAACCCUGUUCUCCUUUUACUUCUGCAAUGCUCUGGAGGCCAACCACCUUCCCGUUGUAUUCUACUGGCUGCUGUACUGCUUCCCUGUCUGUCUGCAGUUCUUCACUCUCAGCCUUAUCAACAUGUAUUUCACACAGGUGCUGCUCAAAGUGAGAGAGAUUUAUAGCUCAGAGAGUGACAGAAGACUGUGGCUGGCACGCUGCGCGUACGGUGCACUGAAUGUCUUGUUCCUCUGCGUCAACGUGGUCUGCGCGGCUCUCGGAGACAGAGGCAGGGGUGGUGGUUCAGGGGAGCGGACCUGGAAUCUGGUCCUGGUUAGAGUUCUUGUCAACGACCUGCUCUUCAUCUUGGAUGCAGUGCUGCUGGCUGUUUUGUUGUUGCUCCUGAAAAGACACUCGCACUCGACGAGCCCCUACCUGACCAGCAAGGGGACCACGGUGUGCCUCACAGCCGCGCUGGGAGCAGCAGUGAUCUUGUUGUUUGCCAGUCGAGCCUGCUACAACCUGACGGUCCUCAUUCUGUCCCAGAGCUACCGGGUGGAGUCAUUCAACUUUGACUGGUACAACGUCUCUGAUCAGGCUGACUUGCGCAAUGAGCUGGGCGACAGAGGCUAUCUGGCUUUUGGGGCCAUACUCCUCAUAUGGGAGCUGCUCCCAACCAGCUUACUCAUCCUCAUCUUCAGAGUUCGCCAGCCUACCCAAGAGACCAGCAGCAUGGCCAUCAAUAACAGGGUCUUACCUCGUCCAUAUUUCUUUGAUGACCCCCAAGGCAGCGAUGAAGAUGCACCUGUUCCAUGGGCACGCAGUUCACAUCCACACACAAGCUGGUACGGAUCGGAGACGGCUCCUCUCUUGUUUGCCAGUAAUCCUCCAAACCAGAGCCACCAGCACCACUCCUUCUACUCCACCCCCCAGAACUGACACCGAUUCCUCAUCCCUAAUACGGCCGCUGUGUCCUCGAUGGCGUUCAAAUUAAGGACAAACCACGCAGCUACCAGCCAGUCGCUCCCCCCGCCAGCAGUUUUUGCACUAAGAAACUCAGGAAAUCAUCAUCAGACAGUGACUAUGCACCUUGUACUUCUUGAACAGAGAAUAUAUUUAAUUUUUUUUUUUAGCUCAAAGGGAACAAACUUAGGUGGAAAAGCCCUAACAGCCAUGACCAAACUCUGUGCUCAGUGAUGAAAGUCGAGCUGAGCUUUAAGUGGGGCAUUGUCCCACUGCUGGUUAAAGUAGCUGUUACAGUUCCUAAAAUUGGCACAUUUAGUUUUGUUAGCAUUCUUUAUUAAAUUAAUAUGACGUAAUGCAGUAUAGCUCAUAAGCUCGCACCAUGUGGUAACCACUGGUAACAAAAAUUGUUUGUAGUUUUAUGAAGAAUGUUUUCUCUCGCACUGUUUCAAGUGUAUAAGAAAAGAGAUUGAAAUACUUUUCGUCAUCCAUCUCUUUCGGCAUUUGGCAUUCUGUUUCUUUAAGGCCAGUCAGUUCUUGCAUAAUUACGCACUGAAAGGAUCUCUUAUGUGUUCUCACACCUUAACAUGACUGGAGGUGUUCACCACAGUGAAUUUAUUGUUUUGGAAGUUUUCUUUGGGGCCAGCGUUUAUCUGUUCUUUUGGUUUGUAUGUCACAUUUAUUAAGAGUUUUUAUAAUUUUAAUUUUUUGAAGAUUUUGACAUUUAUUCUCUUUCUGUGUAAUUGUAUUUUGAUGUAAGUUUAACUUAUUUUAUAAGUAUGGUUCUAUCUUUGAUUGUAGCUGAGGAAAAUCAAAUGUUGUUCUCCUUUAAGUCUUUACAGGAAUGAGACUUCCUCAAAAUGAGUCACUCCCCUUUGACUUAGCCACGACUGAUAUUUACUAUGUAAACAGCAAACCAAUAAAAACAUCGAAAUGA